CCGGGAGGCGGGGACGCGGCGGCGGCUGCUCCAGUCGCGUCUUUCUCACUCACUGGGGAGCCCGGCGGUGGCGGCAGCUUUCGAGGCAGAGCCGCGAGCCCGCCAGGCAGCGAGCGGGAGGUCGGACAGACGCACGGACAGCGGGGGCAGCCGGACGGCCCGAGCCGCCUCAGGUUCCGCCAUGAGCUGGGGCACGGAGCUGUGGGAUCAGUUCGACAGCUUAGAUAAGCAUACACAAUGGGGAAUUGACUUCUUGGAAAGAUACGCCAAAUUUGUUAAAGAGAGAAUAGAGAUUGAGCAGAACUAUGCGAAACAAUUGAGAAAUUUGGUUAAGAAGUACUGUCCCAAACGUUCAUCCAAAGAUGAAGAGCCAAGGUUUACCUCGUGUAUAGCCUUUUUUAACAUCCUUAAUGAGUUAAAUGACUAUGCAGGACAGCGAGAAGUAGUAGCAGAGGAAAUGGCGCACAGAGUAUAUGGUGAAUUAAUGAGAUACGCUCAUGAUCUGAAAACUGAAAGAAAAAUGCAUCUCCAGGAAGGACGGAAAGCUCAACAGUACCUUGACAUGUGCUGGAAACAGAUGGAUAAUAGUAAAAAGAAAUUUGAAAGAGAAUGUAGAGAGGCAGAAAAGGCACAGCAGAGUUACGAAAGAUUGGAUAAUGAUACCAAUGCAACCAAGGCAGAUGUUGAAAAGGCCAAACAGCAGUUGAAUCUGCGUACACAUAUGGCUGAUGAGAAUAAAAAUGAAUAUGCUGCACAGUUACAGAACUUUAAUGGAGAACAACACAAGCAUUUCUACGUAGUGAUUCCUCAGAUUUACAAGCAACUACAAGAAAUGGAUGAACGAAGGACUAUUAAGCUCAGUGAGUGUUACAGAGGAUUUGCAGACUCAGAACGCAAAGUUAUUCCUAUCAUUUCAAAAUGUUUGGAAGGAAUGAUUCUUGCAGCAAAAUCAGUUGAUGAAAGGAGAGACUCUCAAAUGGUGGUAGACUCCUUCAAGUCUGGUUUUGAACCUCCAGGAGACUUUCCAUUUGAAGAUUACAGUCAACAUAUUUAUAGAACCAUUUCUGAUGGGACUAUCAGUGCAUCCAGACAGGAAGGUGGGAAGGUAGAUGCCAAAACCACAGUGGGAAAAGCCAAGGGCAAAUUGUGGCUCUUUGGAAAGAAGCCAAAGGGCCCAGCACUAGAAGAUUUCAGUCAUCUGCCACCAGAACAGAGACGUAAAAAACUACAGCAGCGCAUUGAUGAACUUAACAGAGAACUACAGAAAGAAUCCGACCAAAAAGAGGCACUCAACAAAAUGAAAGAUGUGUAUGAGAAAAAUCCGCAAAUGGGAGAUCCAGGGAGUUUGCAGCCCAAAUUAGCAGAGACUAUGAAUAACAUUGACCGCUUACGAAUGGAAAUCCACAAGAAUGAGGCUUGGCUCUCUGAAGUUGAAGGCAAAAUAGGUGGGAGAGGAGACAGAAGACAUAGCAGUGACAUAAAUCAUCUUGUGACACAGGGACGAGAAAGUCCUGAAGGAAGUUACACUGAUGAUGCAAACCAAGAAGUCCGUGGGCCACCCCAACAGCAUGGUCACCACAGUGAGUUUGAUGAUGAAUUUGAGGAUGAUGAUCCUUUGCCUGCUAUUGGACACUGCAAAGCUAUAUACCCUUUUGAUGGACAUAAUGAAGGCACUCUGGCAAUGAAAGAAGGGGAAGUUCUUUACAUUAUUGAGGAGGACAAAGGCGAUGGAUGGACAAGAGCUCGGAGACAGAAUGGUGAAGAAGGCUACGUUCCCACAUCAUACAUAGAUGUAACUCUAGAGAAAAACAGUAAAGGUGCAGUAACUUAUAUCUGAACUAACCAGGUGGCUUUGUGCCAUGUAUGGCAUAGAGGUGAUAACAUAAAAUGGUUGGAAAAAAUAAGAAAACUUAGAAGGCAUCCAGAUUUUAUUGUUCACUAUGUGAGCUGAGUGUAGGCUUGAUCUUAGAAAUGUGAGUAUGACCACAAGAUACUGUUUUUGUGGUGCUUUCCCGUUGGAGUGAUGUUGAUGUGAAGCUUAAUUGAUGCCUUUUGCUUUAUGUCCUGCUUAAGUCUGUGUGAAGGAUUUGUGUUUCUCUGCCUAAUUAGAGUUUGAUUUAUUGGGCAGGAAUCUGUAGGCAGUGUGUGCCCCUCUGUCUCCUUGUCCCCUUUGCUUCAGAAAACACAGUGACUGGAGUGAAUGCACAUAAGUACAACUACUCCGAAAUGCUGUAGAGAGCUGAGUGGUUUUUCUGGGAAAAAAAUAUAGCUGGGCAAAAUAAUAUGAUCAUUUUUUUCCUCUUUAUGUUUUAGUUUCCUCAAGGAGGAAAAUAAGCAUCCAGCACAUACCCUAUUAAGUAGCAGGCUAAUUGAGAGAGCUGCAAAGUAAGUCACCCGCUCCAGCUCUCGGGCGAGUAAAGCAGCUUUCUUUGUAGACCUGAACUCUCCAGGUGUCCUGGUAAUGCCCAGUAACGUCGGAGCUGCUUUCCAGAGUCACGUGCUUGUCUUUUCAUCUUGGAAAUAUCUUUUGGGAAGUAUCACUUUUCUGCUUACUUCGCAGUUGGUAGUUAUACAUAGGAAAAUAUUUCUAAGUCAUUGAAGACAGAGGACAUCUUGAAUGGAGGGGAUGUGCUGGCAAAUUUUACUUUUAAAAAAGAAAUUUUUUAAAAAUAAAUUGGCUUGAAGGAAGAUACCUGUGAUACCAUUUAGGGCAUUUCCUCAUGUUAGACGAAUCAGCAGUUACUAGGUCAGAUUGGUUUUUUUUCCUCCUAAUUUCAACAAACAUUUGUUAGAACUGCAUGGUCAAGGAUUGUGCAGUGCUAAUUGUGGUCUCAGCCUGUGCUACUUGGGUGGCAAAGCAGAGUGAGGAAGUGGUUAGAUUGGUCCUUGAUUUUGUUCAUGUUUCACAUUUUUGGGGGGGCUUUUCAGUAGCUGACUAUAAAAUGACUUUAGAGACAUUUGGGACACCCCUUUUGGUCUUUCCAAAGGUCUUCAGUAAUUGUUCUUUUCUUUUUCCUCCUGGACUGCAGGUUCCUGAAGAGGGUUUCUGAGGAAAUGGGCAAGAUGUUGGAGGAGGUUACGUGCAGCCGCUUUGGGGGAGGGUAUUAGACUGGUCAGGCUCAAAGGGAGAGUGAGAGAAGCAAGUCGCAUGAGUGCAUGCAGACAUGAUUAUUUUUUACUAACUUCGUUAGCAUUUCCAUACAUCGUUUUAAAAUAAAUCAUUGUAUAGCAGUCCUUAAAUUCCUAAUUCACAGUUAUUCACACAGAAGGAAAAAGCCAACAGUGGCUCUUUUCCCAUGUAUUUUACUGAUGUCCGAAUCUGAAAGAAUACAGAGCUGUCAUAAAGUGUGUUUUGCUCUGGCUGUCCAAGCAGGACUGUCUCCAUCCCAGCUCUGUUCUAAUUGGCUUUUAGGCCCAUUGUCUGUUAGAGUCCUUGUGUUUGUGUCUGCCUGCGCCACCUCCAUGCUUGCUUAACAUCCUGUUGCAUGUGUAGAGUGAUGGGGCUUGACUUUUUAGGCAUGUCUGUAUAAUCGCUUGUUUCUUGUCAAAGCCUUUGUUUUGUUUUACAUUCGGGGUGCAAAUCGUCUCGUCAGACAUCUCCAGCACUAAUGUUUCCAUCAUAGUGUUUUGUGUGUAUGCUGCUAUAACUUCCCACUGCAAACAUUCCAGUUCUGGCAUUGUGAAGAAGUAGUCUGUGAACUUGAAGUAUUUAUGACAAGAGAAAGAAAACAUCUCUGCUCUAGCCUACAGCCCAAUUGAAAGAACUCUUUGAAACCUGAUCCAUCUUCAGCCCCUCAGCCUGGGAAGACUGGUAGUCCGCACUGAACUCCUGGCAUAGUAAACACCGAAGAUCCUCGCCACCUCUCGACAAAGGACUGUUGUCAAAAGUCAGCUGCUUCCAUUCGAAUGCUGCCUUACUCUCGAGUGCCUCAACCUGUUCGUUGCCAACACCACCACUACAGUAUCCCACAAAGGGCUUUAAGUGUCAGCUCAGUGCGACCUCCUUUAACGGCGGCCCUGCCCUGCUGCAGCUGCUGCCAACGUAGCCUCGGUAGGUGGCUUUUAGAGCUCCACCGUGUACCAUGGUGCAUCUCUACAUUUGUGCAUCAAACUAAAGACAAGUCCAUUUUACUUGGUGUUUUUAUGAGAAGUUUUAUGGACCUCCCCCCACUGUCUUUUAAUUUGGGGUUAUGAUGAUAUCAUUUGAUUAUUACAAUGAUAGUCUCUUUCCAAGUGAUGCUUUUGUUCAAACCAGAUAAAUUUUAGUGAAACUUUGUAAUGAUCUCUGUGCACUUUUACUUGUAAAAUGGGAAUUUCUAUAUGUUCAUACUUGUAAAUAUCAUUGUCCUUAGUGCCCUUAUUGCUCAUGUUUGUCCCGCCUCGCAUUUGUGAUUCUGUUAAGGACUUAUAUCUUAACUAAUUUCUUAGUGCUGUUGUAAGGAAGAUGGGUGGGGGUGGGGGGGUUAUUUGUACCACUGAAGCAUCAUUAAUUUGGUCCUUUACUGUCUUGAGGGGAGAAAGAGAACGUGAAAUGGUCUGUGUAUUACUGCAUUUUAAGCAAUAUUUUAGAGGCUGUGUGACUGCUUUAAUAAUUUUCUUCCCAGUGUUAUUUGAAUCAUACUACCAGCUAUACUAAAGCUGAAUGACAAUUGUGUGAGAGUUAAUGCCUUCAUAAGAUCCAAGUACACUACUGUUACACAGCUGACAUACGUGUAUUACCUUUGAGGUUAGUGAACUAUAACGUUUAGAUAUUGAAUCUCGUUACAGGGUUAUUUAUAUAAUAUGACAUUUUAUUCAAUACUGACCGACUACAUGAAGUAGUUUUAAAACCUAGUGCUAUUUUUAUUUUAAAGGUUAGCAAUGAGGAGGAAAUGUGAUCUGGCUGUGUUUGUCUUCUGUACAAAGCCUGAAGUGCUUACGUGUUUCUGGCUAACAGCCACAGAGGGCAAAGUUUAAGGCUUUCUUGUAAGGACUAACUGUUCUUUUCAAGCUACUGUUUGUUUUUCUAAAAGCAGGAUUUGCUUCCGUAGGAGGCAAGUUCCUUUACAUGGAGUAGUGCAACCUGUAUAUGGGUGAUUAAAAUAGCAAAGACAUUUGUACUUGCACAGUUUGAAUCAUUCUGAAAUCAUUCUUAAAUUUUGAACAUGUGAUUGUCCAAAAGAAAUCUUUAAUUUUCCAGUAAUUUUUACUCUUUGUGCACAUAUUGAUUUCUUAUGGUAACUGCUUUGUUUAAGGUAGUGUUCUCUGUUGAGAAUAUUUUCAUGGAAUAAA